UUUGGCUCAUCAAGCACAAGGGCUGGAGCUGGAGAUUCACUUUUUCCAGUACAUCCCACUGUGGGAAGGUUUAUAAGGAUGAGCUGCACAGCCGUUUGACAGCAUCACCCUGAGACUUCACAGGAUUGACCAACGGACUGAGAAGCUCUAAGUAACCUACAAAAUGAAGCUACCUCUGGUUGGACUGGUUCUGGUUUUUGUGGUAGGGGCCCAUGCCCAAUGGUACAAGUUCCCUGGACAAGCAAUUGCUGGUGCCAAGGACAUGCGACGUGCUUACACUGACAUGAGGGAGGCUAACUGGAAGUACUCAGACAAGUACUUUCAUGCCCGGGGAAACCACGAUGCUGCGCAGAGAGGACCUGGAGGCAGGUUUGCAGCUAGUGUCAUCAGUAAUGUCCGGGAGAUGUUACCAGGGCAAAGCAGUGGGAAUAAUCGCGAGGACUCCAAAGCCGACCAGGAAGCGAAUCGCUGGGGCCGUAAUGGAGGUGACCUAUCCCGCUACCGACCCAAAGGACUCCCUGACAAGUACUGAAGCAGGUCGCCUGUCAGUACUGCAGCAGCAAGGUGGUAAAACUACACCCAUAGUUAGCUGCCGAGCAAAAUAUUCAGUUUCAGCUCAGGUAGCUGAGGGUGAACACAGCGUUCAGCAUUCUUGUAUCAUAUCUUCUUUUUUUGUUUCUGCUUCCACCUGGCCUCCAUGCCUUUUCUACUUCAUAAUAUGGAGGCUUGCUUUUAACAUUCAAUAAAACAUUUUUAACUCAA